AUGGAGGACUACGCGGUGAACAGCCUCAUCGUCGCUGUUCGGAACCAUCCUGAGCUGUGGAAGGUGGACUACCCAGACUACUGCGAUCGACUCAAGAAGAACAUGGCCUGGAUCAAGAUCAGUGAGAGCAUCCAUCUCUCUGUGGACUUUUGCAAGAAGAGGUGGAGGUCGCUCAGAGACACUUUUCUGAAAGAGAGGAGGAGGAAGACCCUGCCGUGUGCAGCAGGGACCGUGAGUAAGUGGAAGUAUGCCGGUGCCCUGUCCUUCCUGGAUCGUUCGAGCUCCUCAAGUCUCAACAACAACAACGACGACAUGAGUUCCGAGUUCAAUGAGGAGGUAGCAGAGGCAGCAGCACGGCUUCAAGGAGAUAUUGAGGCAGGAUCUCCCCAGCCAGGCACUUUAGGUGCAGAAGAUGACCUCCCAGGUCCUGCUGCGGCCUCGUCAGCCAGGCUUACUGUCCCUGCUGCAUCACCUACAGGCCCUUCAAGGAAAAGGACCAGGAAAGCGCAUUAUCCCGGGGUCACUGACUAUCAGAGGGACUUCCUCACUUCACUUCAUUCCAGCCCAGCCCAAAUGUCGGAGGACGAGCACUUCCUCUAUAGUCUGCUACCUUUCCUGCAGAAUUUGUCACCUGGCCUGACUCUGGAGCUCACUGGCCUGACUCUGGAGCUCACUGGCCUGACUCUGGUGCUCACUGGCCUGACUCUGGAGCUCACUGGCCUGACUCUGGAGCUCACUCUGGAGCUCACUCUGGAGCUCACUCCCACAACAUCAUGA